AUGGCUAGCAUUUCAAAUUUCAACAAUCCUUGCCACAGCCGCUCAAUUAGCCUGCCUAGCCAAUCGCAUCCUAGCAUGAUUAGGAUCGAGGAGGAGCUGAACAAGCUCAAAACUUGGGAAGCAUCAUCCACACCAACUGCAGAGGCUCUCUUCAAUGGUAUAUCAGGACUCGAAAAUCUGUAUAAAUUUGUGGAUGAACUUCUUAAUUUGCCACUGACCCAGCAAGUUCUUUCUUCCAACCAGCGGGAGAGGUGGGUCAAUGAAUCAUUGGACAUAUCACUCAUUCUUCUUGAUGUUUGUGGAUGCACAAGGGAUUUUGUGUCACAAAUUAAGGAACAUAUUAAAGAUCUUCAAUCUGCUCUCCGUAGAAGAAAAGGAGAUCUCAGCAUCGAAAGCAGCAUUGCAAAGUACUCUUGCUUUAGACAACAGAUGAAGAAGGAAGCAAAGAAGUUGAUCGCAUCACUGAAACAAAUGGAUAACAAAAUUGGAGUCUUACCACUCCUAGAACUAGACCCCCGGGGCGCCUCCUUGAUUAGAUUGCUAAGAGAAGUUGGUUCAAUUAGCAUAUCCAUCUGCCAUUCACUUCUCUGCUUGUUCUUGUCCACCUCAAUCUCCAAAAAGUCCACAAGAUGGUCGCUGGUUUCCAAAUUCAUACAGAAAGGCAGAGUAGCAUGCGAUGACCAACAGAAGAAUAUGAAGGAGUUGGAAAGCCUGGAUGUUGCUUUGAACGUUUUAUCCAGACAAGGUUCCAGUCACGGGGACCAUAUGCACGGUGCACAAAGCAGCUCGGAGCAUUUGGAUGCUGUCGUUAAAUUGAUUGAAAAUGGGUUGGACGACUUAUUUAGGCGAUUGGUUAAAUCCAGGGCCUCUCUUCUGAACAUACUUUCACCGAUAAUGUGA